AUGGAAGAGACACCCCGGGCUGCGUCGGAUGCUCCGCCCGUUCGGCGGAAGCAUAGACCAGGCCUCCAGCGCAUACAGAUCGCUUGCGAGAGAUGCCGGAAACGGAAGAACAAGUGCGAUGGGAAGCUGCCUGAGUGCUCGACAUGCAAACGAGCCGGGGUGCCGUGCGUCGUUCUUGAUCGGCUUACGUACCGUGAAUAUCCUCGUGGCUACGUCGAUGAUCUGGAAGCCGACGUGCAGCGCUUGAAGGCGAGGAUCCACGAGUUGGAGCAAGAAGCAAAUGCGCUUCGAGCAUCCGCACGCAAUCCGGCCGAGCGUGCAGGCGAUUCAGAGCAGUUAACGGAUGCCCAACCCGACGGCUUUGCAGAGAACAUCAACAUCGUUCCACGUGACGUCACCUCGGGACGCAAAUUCGUCGGAGACUCGAGUGGCCUUUUCUUCGGCAACGUUGUACAGGCUGUCCUGACUCAGGCCGACUACAAGCAGGACCAUGGCCCGCCGCGUGAAAGUCUGAGUCUGCGAGUAGGAGAUCGUCUAUCCACCACUUCGCCCUCAGUUGCAUCUCCCUGCGUAACAGAAAACACGUUCCCGGAGCCUGAACUGGCGGAUCGCUUGCAGCGUGCAUACUUUACCCACCGAUGGCCCGCUCUUCCCGUGCUGCAUCGGCCAUCAUUCCUGGAAAAGCAUUUCGCGCCCGUCAUGGCCUCGAAGAAUUCUGCAGAUGAGGCAUCACUCUUUCUAACAUUCAUGGUAUUCGCCCUGGGGUCAAUUGAUCUACAGAGGCAAGAACAUGACGUGAGCGAUCGCCAUUUGGAGUUCUUCAACGUUGCCACCCAAAAUUAUCUCCAAGGUCUCAUGAAGGCAGACAAUAUGCAGACCGUGCAGGGUCUUUGUCUCGUGACUGUCUUUGCCAUCAAUGAGCAGCGCAGCGCUAAUGCAUGGCACGUGGCUGGCCAAGCCAUGCGAUUCGCCAUUGAUCUUGGCCUUCACAGGAUGCCUGCAAAGCCCCAGCUGGACUUAUUCGACGUCGAGAUGAGGAAAAGGGUCUUCUGGUCUGCCUAUUCUUUGGACCGCAAUGUAUCUCUUGCACUGGGAAGGCCAUUUGCCAUCAGAGAUGCAGAAAUCAACGUUCCGCUUCCCGAGCCUUUAACAGACCAAGAAAUCUCAAGCACCGAAGCUCCAUCUCCCCGGCCUCUCGACCCCCUCGACAUGUCCACAUUCAUCCAUAUCAUCAAAGUCCGCCAGUUGCAGUCCAAGAUCCAGGAUACCUUUUACACCGCCGACGCCACCUACAUCGCCGAAGAGACGGCAGAUUUCCAACGAACCUUUCUUCGCACUGAGCUGGACAACUGGGUUGCACAGGCCCCUCGCUAUUCUCACCCGACACUAGUUACUUUUCAGUCAACCGAGUGGUUCCAAAUAGCUCACUCACAUGCCCUCCUUCUCCUCUAUCGCCCGUCGCCAGGAUGCCCUGAGGCAAAUCUGGCGUCUCUUCAAAUCUGCGCCGACGCUGCAAUUACUCUUAUCGGCUCCUACUCCUCGCUUUAUGCCAAGAACAAAAUCACUUACACUUGGAUUGCUCUGCACUCCCUGUUCAUGGCGAGCAUCACCAUGCUCUACACCUUGUGGGUCAGUCCGGAAAUCCGGAAGACCACGAGCAAAAGGGUCGCGAAAUCAAACGUCACGUCUUGUCUGGCGCUGCUCGAAGUCAUGGCUGAUCACUGGCCGCUGGCAAACCGCUGCCACGAAAUUAUCGAUCGCCUUGGGAAGGCGUCGGUAGCGCUCUUCGAUUCGCCUGCGGUCAAUGCAGGGCCCACCGGCCCAUCACUGGAGGAAGAUAAUCAAUACUACGGCCAAAUUACCUCUGAUUACAUGGAUUGGUUCGGUACUCGAGACCCCGGCAUGCCGUCGUCUUUGGGACCACUUGGAAAUGCUUCGGAGCAGACCCGUGCAUGCAACGGCGUAGAUCUUGGCUUACCAUUCUUUGACAAUUUGGACAUGCUUCCUGAACUAGACAAUCUGUUUUCCUGA